AUGGCUACUGGGGAGAUGGGGUUAUGUGUGAAGUAUCAAGAUGUAAGAACUGCAGCAACUUUUGCAACAUGUGUAGAAAACCAAUGCAAGUGUAGAGACGGCUACAGUGGAAAUGGAACGUCAUGCGAAGCAAAGUGUGAAAAUUGCAGUCAAUAUGCCACAUGCAAAAAUGGCAAGUGCAUGUGCAUGGAAGAUUAUGUUGGAGAUGGAAUUACAUGUGAUGAAGAGUGCCAAUGCAUUAUCAAUGCUACGUGUGUGGGUAACGAAUGUAUUUGUAGUACAGAGAGCAAUGAUGUAGACUGCAAUAAUUGCACCAAACAAACCUGUAAAACGCAAAAUUGUUCUACAUGUGAUGAAGUUAUAGUGGUGUGCAAAAUGUGCGUCUCUGCUGAGAGUAACUCCAAGGACCUUCGGUGGUUAGCUUUCCUAACACUCCUAAUACUAUAUCCAUUGAUGAGUGUUUUGCUAUCAGGACUAAUGCAAUAUAUAAAAGAGAGAAACCAUCGUCAGUAUAAUGUUCAUGAUCAAUGAUGCUACUAGUGCUUCAAAGUAGGGACAUAUAGACUUAACAACAUGGUAUUUUUUGUAAACUUGUUUUUUGAGCUCGAUUGGUAGCGGCUCUGUUGAACACUGGCACUG